AAGAGAAUGAAACAUGACGAGCAUGUGACGAAACACAAUUGUUUGGAUUAUUAUCAGUCCAAUCAUUUUGCUUAUUGAGCAUUAAGUGUUUGAUGAAAGUUGUCCUAAUAUAAGCUGCACCUCUUUCUGCCUACUUUGCUUCAAAACCAAACAAAGUGUGUAGAGUUGAGGAGAAACCAGACAACAUGAGUAGCAUGCCUGCAAAAUUGUUGGUCACAAUUUUGUACAUCUUCUUGGUGUCUCUUCCUGUGCAGAUGUCACCACAUGAAUAUGAUGUUAACACAAAAAGUCUCAGAAGAAGUAGUAGCAGUGGCCACAGGAGCAAAGGUAAUGGUAGUGGUGGUGGUGGUGGUGGUGGUGGCUCAGCCAAAGGUUGCAACCACAGCAACAAAAACACCACCCCAUGUCAAAAAUCUACUACCAUUGAAGCAGUUCCAACUUCACCCCCUCUUGUUUUUGCAGACCAAAGACUUGAAGUAGUGUACCCAGUAAUCCAAAAGUUCAAAUCUUCCAUCACUUCAGAUCCUCUGGGAGUGACAAACACUUGGGUUGGAUCAGAUAUAUGCAGCUACAGAGGCUUCUUCUGUGACACUCCCCCUGAUAACAGUUCUGCCACUGCUUUGGCCUCUGUUGAUUUCAAUGGCUUUCAACUUGCUGCUUCCACCCUUGAUGGUUUCAUUGAUAACCUCCCUGAUAUUGCUCUCUUCCAUGCCAAUUCCAACAAUUUUGGUGGCACAAUCUCACCCCAAAUAGCCAAACUCCCUUACCUAUAUGAGCUUGAUGUUAGCAACAAUCAGUUAUCUGGUCCAUUUCCCUCUGCUGUUCUAGGCAUGAGUGGUUUAACAUUCUUGGACUUGAGGUUCAACUUUUUCUCUGGGGCAGUGCCACCACAGAUAUUCAUACAGAACCUGCAAGUCCUUUUCAUAAACAACAACAUCUUCACACAAGGGUUGCCAGAUAACUUAGCCACCACUCAGAUUCUCUUACUCACCUUAGCAAACAACAAGUUCAUGGGUCCAAUCCCAAGGAGUCUUCCCAAGGCUUUGGCCACUCUAAGUGAAGUGUUGCUACUUAACAACCAGUUAACAGGUUGUUUGCCUUAUGAGAUUGGUUUUCUUGAAGAGGCCACAGUGUUUGAUGCUGGGAACAACCAAUUGACAGGUCCUUUGCCUCUAUCUUUGAGCUGUCUGCAGAAGGUGGAGGUGCUCAAUUUGGGUGGUAAUCUUUUGUAUGGCAUGGUGCCAGAAGUGGUGUGUGCAGGGUUGGUGAAUUUGGUCAACUUUUCAUUAUCAGAUAACUAUUUCACACAUGUGGGGCCACUCUGCAGGAUGCUGAUUCAGAGAGGGGUUCUUGAUGUUAGCAACAAUUGUAUUCCUGAUCUUCCCUUUCAGAGAUCAGUGAUUGAGUGUGCUCAGUUCUUUGCAACACCAAGGAUGUGUCCCUUCAUCUGGUUUUAUAGUCUCAUCCCUUGUAAGCUUCCUUUUCAAAAUCCCAUUCCUUAGAUGCCUAAGGGUUGCAAUUCUUAUUUUGUUUCUCCUUUCUUUACAUUCCUCUGUAAUGUCUAAUUGUAACUCAACUUUGUGAUGCUCCAUCCAUCUUCAAAUAAUUUCGGCAUGUCAA